GUCUGUUUGUGCGAUCGUGUCAUUUAGUUGAAAUCAAAAGUAUUUUCGCAAAAUCAAGAAAAAUUUCAAACAAACACAACAACAACCUCUGCAUUUAUAUUUGGGCGCCUUAAAUUACUUAACCUAGAAAACUACAAUGUUGCGCUGUCAGCAUAUUUUGCUCGGCCUUGCGGUCACACUGUGUUGUGGCGCCAGCUUCGCACAGUAUUCGUCGAAUAUGUUCCUCAAUGGUGAAUAUCAGAAUGGCAUUAAGGCGAACCCAAGCAAAUCGAACGCAAUAAAUCCGGCAACAAAUAUCUUUUUGGAGCAUGCAAUUAUCAGUCGGCAGGCAUCACCGUUCCAAGGACCCACAUAUUUACCACCUGAGGAGAUUCUAAAAUGCUCCGCUGGCAAACAAUGUGUUUUGCAGGGACAAUGCUUGGAUGGCUACUUUUCGAAUCCAUCGUUGAAGGCACAAAAUUGUAAGUCAACAACCCACACCUGCUGCAUAUACCGCCCACCACCACCGCCACCAACAACAACUGAACGUCCAUACGAUGUUUGCGCAAAGGAUUACGACUGUGUGCCAACACGUUAUUGCAAUAACGGUGAAAUCGAUUCGGCUGAUUAUGUACAAAAGGGCAAGAGCGAUCGUUGUUAUUCCCCUGAUGUUUGCUGUCGCAUACCUUCCACCACACUGACCGAUGAUGGUUAUGUACUGCGGACUCCAACAGUGAAAUUCAACAUUCCCACAACAAGUAGACCCGUUCAAUAUCCAUCUACACAACAACAGUUCUCUUCGCCACGUUUGCCAGCAACGACACCACAACGUGAAUAUUUGCCACCAAGCACAUAUCCAACCACACCAAAACCCCAAACUCCACGCAAUGAAUAUCUACCACCCACACCAACCACACCCCCGCGUCAAGUAUACACACCAUCUUCCUACAAACCAGUUCCCAUUCCAAGUAGAGCUCCCCCAGCACCACAACCACAACCUCAACCUCAACCACGUCCACAGCCUCAACCACUGCAGCCUCUGCAACCUCGUCCUCAACCACAACCACAGCAGCCUCUGCAACCACGUCCUCAACCUCAGCCACAGCCGCAACCACGUCCCCAACCACAACCUGCUCCAAGACCACAAAAUGAAUACUUACCGCCACGCUCUGAAAACCUACCGGGCGACUAUCAUGUCACACAACCAUCAAAUACUGUCACCCAAACUGUGACCGCAUCACCACCAAGAGUACCACAGCCUACGCCACCACAGCGCGGUGAAGACAUUCUCUCGCUACCACUUGACAACCGUCAACACUUGUCGAAAUGUGCCUCGGCUUUGGAAUGCACACCGGAGAACUUCUGCAACAGCAUCGGCGUGAUAACCGAUCAGCCAGUCGACAUUAGUCCUGCCGAAGCAGCUUUCCGCGUUCCUCUCACCGAUUGUCUGCUUGAUAACGGAGCACCAGGCAAAUGUUGUCGUGACGCCAACUACGUUGAUCCAUGGCCUAUCAAUUUGGCCGGUGUAUGCGCCGCCAGAAAUAGGAAUACCAAACCGCAAGGUAUUCAAGAUAUUGACGCCAACUUCGGUGAAAUUCCAUGGCAAGCAAUGAUCCUCAAGGAAUCAACCAAGACUCUGCUCGGUGGUGGUGCAAUUAUUGGCGACCAAAUCGUCUUGACAGCAGCGUCCGUGGUUAAAGGUGUGUCGCCAAAUGACGUGAAAGUUAAGGGUGGUGAAUGGGAGUUGGGACGUGAUAGCGAGCCAUUGCCCUUCCAAAUAGUCGGUGUUAAGUCCAUUGAUAUACACCCUGAAUACAAUCCCUCAACCGGUUCGAAUGACAUGGCCGUAUUACGUUUGGAUAAGAGAAUUGAAUUCGCUCAACACGUGAAACCCAUUUGCGUUACUAAUGAAGAUCCCAAGCCGAAUGAGAAGUGUAUUACCACCGGCUGGGGUAAACAAGCGAUUAAAUCUCACGAGGAGGGCGCCGUCAUGCACGUCUCGGACACAAUAGCACAAUCGCGCGCAGAUUGCGGUGCUGACGACAGCAGCGUUUGCAGUGCCGUUGUACACGAUCCAUGCCUAUUUGAUGUCGGCAGCGCUUUGGCCUGCGGCAGCGGUUCCAGUGUCAUGCUCAAGGGUAUAUACGCCGCCGAAAAUGCCUGUGGAGAUGGUCAAACUGUACGCUUCUCAAAACCCGAUCUCAAAUGGGUUAACGGUUUCUUUACACUACAAAACAAAGACAAACUGCUCAAGAAGCGACGUGUGUAAAAAGUGCUUUAGGUGAAAAGACUUAAGAAAUAUUGAGUGACUUUAGUUUAGCAAAUAUCACACGACAUUAUACACCCAACAUCUAAAUAUGAGUAUCACAUUCAAAACACCACCACCUAAACCACAACAACAACCAAUCAUACACACACACAUAUAUGUGUGUUUGUGCGCCUACAGCAUUUAACCUCUUGCUUUAAGCAUUAAAAACGAAAAUCUCAAUAGUUUUAACCCGUCAUAUUCAAUUCAAAUUGGUGAAAUGUGUCAAAUUCGACUCUUUAAAGAUUUUAAGUAUAAAAUUUAUUUUAUUGUUUUCGCUUUCCACGCGUAACUUCUCAUUGAUAUUUUCUUUUAUUUUCAUUAUUAUAUAAAACAAAAACAAAAUUAAAUAAUUAUGCUAUCAUAACCUUAGUUGUAUGCCACUAUCGUGUAAUGAACUUAAGUGUUUAGGAAAAUUUACAUUAAACGAUUACCUUAUUAGAGUUUUCCGCGUAGGCAUUGAGUUCAGGACACUUUUUCGCUUUUUUGUUUAAAUAAAAUAUAAUUUAGUAUGUAUGUACAUAACUAUUAUGUGCCUGAUUCAAUGAUUAAGCUCUCUUAUAAUCUUGUUUCAACAAUGUUUUGCCGUUUAAAGGUUUCCCUAAAGGCAAAACAUAAACAAAAAACAAAAAAAAACACGAAAAACAAAAAGCAAAAUGACAA